UUUUUACCAUCAUAGUCAAACCCAAUCCUCACACAGUCAACCGUGCAAUGAAAUAUUAAAAACAAAAAUAAAUACAUUUCCAUCUUCACCGCAGUAGGGUGAAGUGUUGCCAUGUCUUGGAAAGUGUUUAGUGUGUUGUGUGUGUGUGGCCUAGCCCGGACUCAAGUGAUCCCGGGGAAGUCCCGGACGAACGAAGGGGAUUACAAUACUGUGAACACCGAUGGAUCCUUUGAUUUUGGAUACGCGAAUAAGGACCGGGGCAGCAGCUACCACUUGGCGCACGGUAACGCCAACAAGGUGGUUGGCGGGCGCUUCGGCGCCGUGGACCCGGCGUCCGGCACCGUCAAGGAGACCGUCUACACCGCCGGACCUAGAGGUUUUCGGGCGAAAGGCCCCAAUGUGCACCGCAAGAUGGACCUAGACCAGCGGCCGCGCGGGCCCAUCGGCAACAAGGACGACCCCUACUUCGACCCCAACGAGGACCCCAGCUACGCGUACAAGUUCGACACGCGCACCUACUCCAAGAACGAGAAUGCUGACGCUAGGGGAGACGUUAAAGGACACUACUCGUACGUGGACGACGUCGGCGAGCGACACGACGUGUCGUACAUCGCGGGACGCGACACCGGCUUCCAUGUGUCGUCGGCGCACCCAGACAGCCCCAACCUGAUCGGCUCGCCGUUCCAUCGAGCUCCUCUUGUGAGAGGGGAGACGCGGCCGAGAGGACGCACUGCUGUGCAACGUGGGCUGGAUGGAUCCUACCGAUUCAUAUCAGCGGGCCCAGAUCAGAGGCGAACGGAGAGCAGCGAUGCGCAGGGCAAUGUCCGAGGCUCCUACACUUUCCUGGACGACAAAGGAGUGCAAAGGACGGUGAACUACAUAGCCGGGCCGGGCAUCGGCUACCGCAUAGUGAAGAGCAACAAGGACCCGUACAUCCCCGCCUACUUCCCCACCAUUCCCAGCGCGUACGACUCCGACUUCGUAAGCGCGGGCGCCACCGGCUACUCGCCCGACGACACAGGAGUUGGUGAUAUAUUCCAAGGUCCAGACGCUACUGCUGCUUCAGGUCACGUAAAGCCUUCGCCAUUCUCAGAUAAAGAUAAACCUGGCAAGCCCAGCAAGAAGCCCAUCAAGCCCACUCGGCCCACAGGCUUCACUGACGACGAUGAUGUCACCGGAGAUGGCGAUUAUUCCCCGUCCUACAACGGGGAUGACGACACUCCUUUUGACAAGAGCAGUGACGACGGCUCUUACAACCAAGGCGGGAGUAACCAAGGCAGUGGCAACAAGGGCCCCUUAGGCAGUGGGAACAAAGGUCCUUAUAACCAAGGAAGCGGCUCAGGCAGUCAAGGUUCUUACAACCAAGGAGGUAGCAGCAAACCCCCUUUUAACCAAGGCGGAAGCAAUCAAGGAUCAGGAAGCAGUGACGGAAGCCAAAGCGGCAACCAGGGCGGCGGCAGCGAAGACCUUGGCUUCGAUGGAGACGCAGGGUUCGGAGACAAGCCCACCAAAGGACCAGGAAAACCGGGGCGGCCAACGAGCAAGCCUUAUAAACCGGCGAAGAAACCUUAUGUGCCACUAAAACCUUUCCAGCCGACGAAUACUAAUGACGACAGGGACGAUGACGAUGCUGGGAAAGGCGAUAAAGACGGUCCGCUGUACGGUAUAGGAUUCAAUAUACACCACAAUAAACCGGGAACCACAAUUAUUAGGAACAUAGGCCAGGACUACUUCGGGGUCCCUCCGGGCGUGUCGGUCCGAGCGCACGUGCAAAGCAUCGACUUGUACCCGUACGAGUCGAAACCGAUCUCGCCGUCUGAAGCUAUAGAAAAAGACAAGACGUAAAACUAUAAAUAUACCU